GUCUCAAUCAAUCAAAUACUACCAGCUGUCAAUAAUUCAAUCGCUGUUCGGACCUCCUCCUCUUGCUAGCAAAACUGAUACCGAUUCGCCUCAAAGCAAACCUAAAGAGAACGAGAGAGAGAAAAAAAUUGUCCAUCCAAGAGUUUAUAAAACAAUCUCAGCUCGCAAUCUACCACCACCAUUAUGUCAAGAUUCAACCUUUAUCUCCUCCUAAUAACAACUGUGAUUGCGAUUUUAUCCUCUACAUCAAAAUCAAUUCGUUUCGAGCUAGAAUCAGGAAACACGAAAUGCAUAGCAGAAGACAUCAAAAGCAAUUCUAUGACUGUUGGAAAGUACAGUAUUGUUAACCCCCAUGAUGGCCAGCCCUUGCCCGACUCGUAUAAACUCACUGUCAGGGUGACAUCGAGUUAUGGGAAUAAUUAUCAUCAUUCAGAGCUUGUGGAAUCAGGGCAGUUUGCGUUGACGGUGUCGGAUGCAGGGGAUUACAUGGCGUGUUUUUGGGCGGCGGAUCAUAAGCCAGCAGUGACUUUGAAUAUUGAUUUUGAUUGGAAGACUGGUGUGGCUGCUAAGGAUUGGACUAAUGUUGCCAAGAAAGGCUCUGUUGAUGUAAGUCAACUUGCUUUAUUGAUUCUUUUUUUGCCCCGUUUUAAUUUAUGAAUUUGAGGCUGCUUUUAUUUGGUUUUUGUGUAAUAGUCAUGAUUUUCAUAUACUAUGAGUAAGUAUUGGGUAUUCUAUUACGAAGGGAACGAAGCUGUCGAGUUUAAGGCUAGUUUGGGUUUGGUUUAGUUGAUAGAUCAGAGGAAAUACUCCUGUUGCAGUUCUUAUGGAAGGUUAUCAAAUGGAUGGUGAUCUCACACUAUAAGAUUAGGUGAUGUAUAUGAAUAAAGAGAUGUUAUUUUAGGCACCCAGGGAGCCUAAUGUAUAGCUAUGAAGUUGUAGCUCCAACCCAGGUGGAGGUAAGAAGGAAUAAGCGGUAGCAGAAAAGAUGGGGAUUCUCUAUAGAACUAAACUAUCGUGGGAGUUUGAUUUGCAUAACCCUGACAUGGCCACCUGACAUUGUUGUAAGUAGGCAUUACUGGGUGUUAUAGGGAAAUUUAAUUGGACUUUCAUGGUGAACAACCGGUCUACUAACAGCAAUGCUAGCUUCAAAUGAUGUAUUUAGAAUAGCUUAUCAAAGAACUAUGUGCUACUAUCAGAGUGUUGCCUUCACAAGAUAGUAAGCCCCUUCUAUCUCGCUCUCUUUAUGAUGCUGCCAUUUCUAAACACAUUCACAUCAUGAUCAUGCAGUCAAAUAAUUCAUGUAAAUGUUACAAAUCUGGAGACAGCUAUCCAUUUGAACUUGUGUGUCUCUACAUCUUACUUCAGAAUGAAAUUUGUGUUGUUUCUUAAAGUUCUUAUGUUGGAAGUUUGUGAAAAUAAUUAUAUCACCUAGAUGGUCAGGGUAGUUUGGGUUUUGGUUGAAGCGUAGUCAACUUUGUAAUGGUGUCUGAGAUUGGCCUUGUAUAAAAAUGAAAAGGAUGUGAGGUUUGAGAGUAGAGGGGAUGACAAUAAGGAAGUAAAGCAUGACAGAGAAGCUCAUAUUGAGCCGAAGAAUGACAUGAAGAUAGAAAAGGAUGGUUUUGGUCCUCCAAGUAGUCAGGUGAAUUGGAAGGAACCCAAAGAAUACCAUAGGGGAAAGAGAUGUUUGGAAUCUGCAGGUGUACAUGUGGAUCCGUGGCAUAUAUCACGUGGAAAUUCCCAAGGCCCUGUUGAGAUUGGAAAGGAAGGUGUCAGUAUUGAGGAGAGGGAUCAUGCCAAAGUUCAUGAGGCAGUUGGAGAAAAUAAAGUUGAAUUGAAAGGUGAGGAUAGAUUUAAAGACAA